AUGGAACAACACACCCUUCGCCGCCGCGGUCUUGCCCUCCAAGGGGUUGACCCUGAUCGCGUCUCCCCCGGCUACGUCUUAUACACACCACUCACCUCUAACACCGUGCACCUCAUCUCAACAUCCGGUGAAGAACUCCACCGAUGGGCCCUGCCCUACCGUGCGGGUCGCCACGCGCGCUUCUUGCCUGACGGCAACCUAGCCUACAACGGGGUGCACCCAGACCCGCCGAAGAUGUUCCAGAUGUGGGCGAAAUAUCGCGGGGGGGUUAUGAUGCAGGUAUCCCCCAGUGGAGAGAUCCUGCGGGAAUACCAAGAUCCACGGGCCCACCACGACCAGAACCAUCUCGACGACGGGAAUCUGCUGUAUACAACGCUGGAGCCGCUGACGGCUGACGAGGCCGUACGCGUACAGGGCGGCAUACCAGGGAGUGAGGCACCUGGCGGAACGGUAUACGCAGACUGUAUCAAGCUGGUCAGUCCCUGGAGUGAAUCGACUCGGUCGUCAGCAGCAGACUUUGAGGGCGGCGGUACGGGCGGCGCAAAGCUGCUGUGGUCAUGGCGUGCGAUCGACCAUCUGGAUCCGCAGCGCUUUCCUCUCCUCGCGGACUAUCCGCGUGAGCACUGGCCGCUGAUUAACAGCGUCUCGUUUGAUUCCGCGGGAAACAUUGUCGCCUCUCUGCGCAGCACAUCAGGGGUCAUCAUUAUCAGCCGCCAGACGGGCCAGAUCCUCUGGCAUUUGGCCUCCCCAGUCGUCAGCCAGCAGCACUGUGCGCAGGAGCUCUCCUCGGGUGAUAUCCUGAUCUUCGACAAUGGGGUCUAUCGGCCUGGCAUCGCGGUACCGUUUUCACGGGCGAUAAUUGUUUCUCGCGCGACUAAGGAUAUUAUUUGGGAGUACAAAGACCGCUGCACAGGCGGGAUCGGCUUCUUCACGCCGUUCAUGGGAUCUGCACAGAAGCUGGCGAGUGGGAAUGUGCUGUUGUGUGAGGCUGCCACGGGCCGGAUACUCGAGGUCACGGAGACGGGGGCGACAGUAUGGGAAUUUGUUGUGCCGCAGUUGAAUGACUAUAAAGGUAUCAUGGCGGAGGGUGAGUUGCACGAGAUGGAACAGAUGGGCUUUGCAUAUCAGAGUAAUGCCAUCUUCCGGGCGUACAAGUAUCGACCGGAGGAGGUACCGUGGUUGAAGGCUGGCUAAAUGUUCUCCUUUAAAUGAUCAGAAUAACUGUCACUUUGGGUUUACAUAUUCCACAUUAGGACUUUUCUUGUCUAGAGUCAUAUCGUUUG